AUGGCCAUAGACACAGAUCACCACAUUAUUUGCUCGAACGAAGCUAUCUUGGCCGGCGGAGAUAGAAUGGGCGAAAUCAUCACACGAAUAGACCUCGAUCUAGCCUACUGUGCAGAGAAAGUCCUCAAUCUCGACAUACUCCUGAUGCACGCCACGAGCAGAUUGAGCGAUUGCGAGGCUCUGUAUAUGGAAAACAAGUCCAUUUCGUCCGAUGUCGUCGAGAAAGCCUUCGAAUUCGAUGCCUUAUCCGGGAUCUUAGACUGCGAGAUCCAAGAACUGGACAGUUUCAUGGCCUCUCUCCAGAAGGAGAUCGAGGAAAAUCUUAAGAAGAUUCGGCCGAACGAACGAGCCGAAGCACAGGAAAUAGAGGAGAAGCUGCGCCAUGCCGAAGAAUCCCUGAGGCACUCUCAAGAGCAGGUAACCGAGAUCAGAAUGCAGACACAGAAAUUUGACGGGGCCUUGGCUCUUGGGAGGAAGGAAAUUUGUAAGUCCCUGGGUGUUUUCCUCUCACUAAAUCUGUUCAGCGAUAAAAACUAAUAUAGGUUUUGAUUAAUUCGAUGCAAUUUUCUUGUCAGGGAAUGAAGAUGACUGGCAAAUGCAGACAGUGGAGCAGCAAAGGCAUAUAUUGCGUAUGCUGGAGAAGUCUCUGGCAAGGGAGCUAGAUCUGGAGAGAGAACUCUCCGACGCUAGGAAUAACAGCGGCGUCCAAAUAAAGCUACACCUGGUGGAGAAAGAAGAACCGAUGCAGGCCAUUCGGGUUGAGCUGGUAGAGGCUGGGGACGCCUCCGAGAUGAAAAUGGGAUUUUUAUCACGAGAAUCUCUCCCAAAGAUCCGGGCUCUUGGGGUAAAUUUAGAUGGGUCCGUUCCGUGGGAGAAUGAGGCGAGAUCUGCGCAGAACGAUAGCAAAUUGAAGUCACCAGGUGAACUCACCGAGGACGUAUAUUCUGGAGUUGAUUCAGGUUCCUUGAUGUUGAAGGAGAAUGCGAAGUCGAAAGGAUCUGAUCUUCGUCUUCAGCUAGCCAUGGUUUCCAUGGAAGAGGCUGAAGAUCAACAGGAUAUUCAACACCUUGAACGCGCUGAAACUGUAGAUCUGAUGGGUAUUCUUGAAGAAACCUCCUCCAUGGAUCCAACCGGGGCUGAAUCCGAAGAAGCCCGCUGUAAAUUAUUUCCUGAGGCUGACCUGGGACUUGGCCGAAUGAUCUGCCAUAAUGAGGGUUAUCUGGAAGAGAAGGCGUCAGACGCCCAAAUGGAGAGGAAAACCUUAAUCUUUGCCGCUCGCUGUGAUAUGAAGAAACUGAUCAAGGAUCUGAAGUCGAGGGUUCAUGAGGCAGAAGUCAGAGCUGCUGAUGCAGAGCUGAGGUGUUCUCUAUUGAUCGAGAGUAAUUCGGAUUUAAGUGAAGAACUCGGUUUCCUGAAAAGGAAAGUAGAGACCAUGGAGGGUUCGCUGCACAAGGCUGUUUUUGAGACGAACACAGCAUAUGCAAAGAACGCUGCCACUGAGACCAGCGUGUUCACUUGCCUGGUAAAUGAAGCUCGCCUUGAGAGAGUGUCCUUCAUCACAGGUCACAGCUAUAAAUGUUUUCAUCUUCAAAGUAAUUUAGCUAACUCACUAAGUUAAUUGUAUCGAUUAGAGUGAAGAAGGUUUUAUUUUCGACCCGAUCUUUUAAAAAUAUUAAUGCGCAUCCUAAUCUGAUUCUGCGUACAAAAUUCCUGUUUUCACGUUCCAGAUAAAGGUUAUUUACAUGGAUCAUUUCAUGCAUAGUUACCCGGAUCCAUGAUUUAAGUCCCCCCCCCCCUGAAUGACCAGCCUGAUUUUUGAACUAUUCAAAGAAAGUUAUGGGUAAAAUAUUACCUUGUUGUGUGUAAAAUAGAUCAGAUACAAAGAAAAAAAGAUCAGUUGAAUGCAUUCCCAUCCAAAGAACUGGCAAAAAUCGGAGUCCAUCUGACUUAUUCAUAUUUCAUCUUAGAAUCUCUAGAAUUCAUGUCGGUAUGAUUGCCCAGCGGCCAUUUUCGGUGGAAAUUAUGGUAUUCUUUCCAAAAUAUCAUCGGGGUCAACGCCUUAAGAUCAGAUCAGCUGAUUGAGUUUCUUUGGUUAUCAUCAGGUGGCAAUCUCGGAUGAUAACCCCGGCAGGACCCAUCCAGGCGAAACCGCGUCGAAUAGCGGUCAAACCGAGCCGCCGCCGAAGCCUGGGAAUGAGAGGUCAACGGAGAGGGGGAAUCGGAGGUCGAAGAACGCUUUGCUCGCGAUCCUCUUCUCGGUGAUCUCUAUCUGCGGUGUCUACAUCUUUCAGCUGGAAACCCCGGUGUUUCGUUGA